UCUCCCUCUCGUCCUCACUCUCUACUUGACUUUGACUUCUAGAGAACUUCACUGGUUCCCCUCAGAUAGUGAACAUGUGUGAGUCGGCGUUCCUGGGAUGCUGGAAAUUAGUCAAAAACGACAAAGAAAAUUUCGAUAAGUAUAUGGAGGGUAUCGGUGUUAGCAUGAUAACCCGGAAAGCUGCUGGAACUCUGAAACCUGAUGUGAUCAUAUCUUGUAAUGAUGGGGUGUGGACAGUGAGGACAGAGAGCACUUUCAAAAAAUCAGAAUUUAGUUUCAAGCUGGGUCAAGAGUUUGAUGAAGAGACACCUGAUGGCAGAAAAACAAAGACAAUAGUGACUUUAGAAAAUGGUGUAUUAUGUCAGACGCAGAAAUGGGAUGAUAAAGAGACUAAAAUAACACGAGAAGUGAAAAAUUCUGAGCUAAUAGCGACCUGCAUCUUUGGAGAUGUGAAAUGUGUUCGUGUUUAUGAGAAAAAAUGAGAAUUUCAGCCUUGGUCUGGAAGUUAAACUAAGCUCAGUUCAAUGAGCACUCAUCCCAGUGGCUUGUGUACAAUAUGAAUGUGUGACAUAGCAUUGGUGUAAACAGUUGGAUGUGCCAUGAUAUAAAAUUAAAGUGUUUUUGGCCUCCAG